AUGUUCAAACAAACGACUUCAAGUCUCUGCUGGUUUUCACGCGCUAUUCCGGGGCGUGUCUUGAGCACUAGGACCACACUCUGUAGGAGUAUCUCUACAGCGCGGACUGCGAAGCCUGUCAUUGGAAAGGGUCCUAGUGCUCUUAUUGCUACGGCAAUUGUCGGCGGCUUUGUGAUCUACCAGCUGGCGACCGAGCCGGUGAUUAGGGCAGAGGAAAUAGCUGUUGUUUCGCCAGCUGCAGUCGACCUGAAAUCAAAGCUGAGCGCCCAGCAUGUCCAGGUGAAAAAUAGUUGGGAGCACCCAGGGGUGUAUGCUUGGGGAAACAAUGUUGGACGAGUAGUAGCUCCAGACUCGAAUGAAGAUCUCAUCAAGUCUCCUCGCCGUAUUUCCGCAUUCGACAAUGUCCUCCUCCGUGACCUUAAGCUCGACCGCAACAUCGGGGUCGCCGUAAAUGAAAAGGGAGACAUCCUUCAAUGGGGAACUGGAUAUGCGCUAGAUAUCAAAGAGCCAGAGAAAACACUUACGGGAAAGGACAUUACCACUGUUGAGAUCUCCGGAGAUAGAGUUUUUGCGCUUUCCAAAGAUGGAAAAAUCUACAGUUUACCCAUGUCAAAGAAAGAUCAAACUGAAUCUACGAAACUCUCCGAGUCGUCAUGGAUCCCUGGAGUAUCUUCUGAAUCUAAGAUCUCAUACCGGCUGCUCAAGCCCGAGCUAGGCUAUUUCGAAAGUAUCUCUAAAAUCGCUUCAGGGCGAGACCACAUUCUCAUUCUCACCUCUUCCGGCCGUGUAUUCUCUGCUGCCGCAUCCUAUCAUUACCCCUCAAAAGGUGAACUUGGAAUCCCCGGUCUCACUUUUGUUACUCGACCCAAGGAUAAGCCCUACGAUACCUGCCAUGAGAUCACACACCUCUCGGACUACAAAAUUACCCAGAUCGCCGCUGGAGACCACCACUCACUAGUCCUCGAUGACGCCGGGCGGGUAUUUUCAUUUGGCGACAACACCAGCGGCCAACUUGGGUUCCCGUAUAACUCUGAGACGAAUCACAUCGAAGUACCAACACUGCUCACGUUUCAGGGAAUGUACGAUACCAAGCAGAUUGUGCCAAAAGUAAAGAAGAUCGAAGCAGGAGGUGCGAACAGCUAUUUCUGCGUUGAUGCAGAGAACAUUGCGAAUGGGAAAGUGAGUGCGGACUUGUUUAGUUGUGGAACCGGUAUCUUUGGAAAUCUGGGCAAUGGGAGGUGGACCCACGUUCAAGGGACACCAACAAAAGUGAAGGCGCUGAGUGGAUUGUUUGAAUACGACGACAAGGCCAAUAGCAUAGUUCCUAUCCGUCUGUCUUCCCUCUCUGUGGGUGCAACUCACAUCUCGGCAACUAUGCAAAAUCUCACCAAUGUCGAAGCCUCAACCUCUACUACAUCUCCCGCCCAUGACGUCAACUUUGGUUUUGACGUUCUCUGGUGGGGCAACAACGAGUUCUACCAACUAGGCACUGGGAAACGGAACAACACCAGCGUUCCUGUCUAUAUCCCCCCUCUCGAGCCCAUGGUUGCCGAGAUGAUGAUUGACGAAUCAUCCAUGACUGGUAGUAGCAGCACGGGUGAUCUGACCCGCAAGAGUGGUAUUAUUGGUGGGAAGGGAGAUGAGGUUGGAAGUGCAAGGUUUACAAGGAAGGAUCAAGUUCACAGGUUCCAAGCGACACCGAAAAAGAAGGUCAACAUAAAUGGGAAAAAUGUCGAGGUGGAGCAAAGAGUGGCCUGUGGAAGAGGCAACUCGGCGGUUUAUUCGGCAGUUUAG